GACUUGGACCUGCUCGCGGCGCCCAGCGCGGCUCCUGCGCCAGCCAGGCCUGCUUCUGGGCUUCCUUUUGCCGGCCUGGGGGUCAGCGCCGCCCCUGCCGCCCCUGCCGCCCCUCCGACAGGGAUGGGUCUCCCUGGCCUCGGCAACGCGAACGCCAAGGCAGCUCCCCGAGUGCCCCCGCCUUUUGCCAGUCGAGGCAAGGUGGGCCAUCCCUACAUGCCGAUCCCUGCGUCCCUAGACAGUCCUUCCCAGCCGCCCCCAGUGGAUCAAUUUGCUUUCGUUUCCGACAUCACGGGCAUUGGUGACCUGGCAAAGCCGGCAAAGUAG